UCCUUCCCAUUUCCCCCCUCAUUAUUCUUCCAUUACUUUAAAUUACUUUGCAGCCCCUUUCGGUUUUCUUGAGCUGCAGUUUUCCUCCAAGAUUCUCAACGAUGAGAUCUCUAAAUGGCGGAGCCAAAAUGAUCUCCUCAAAACUCAAAAAGUCCUCCAAAUUCCUCGACCUAUUGAACUCCGACCCAAACGAGGACGACUCUCCCAGAACCAGCACCAACUCCGACCACUCAAAUUACCAAACUAGCCUCGAGAACUCCCCCUACAUGUCCCCCUUCAUCAAAUCUCCGUGGACCCAAAUCGCCCCUCUCUCCGUCGACGAGCCCUCCACUGGCCUCAUCGGGUCCCUGAUUCGAGAAGAAGGGCACCUGUACUCAAUUGCUGUUUCGGGCGAGCUUCUAUACACCGGAUCCGACAGUAAGAAUGUUCGGGUUUGGAAAAACUGGUCGGAGUUUUCCGGGUUCAAAUCCGGUAGCGGACUCGUGAAGGCGAUUAUCUUAUCAGGUAACAAAAUCUUCACGGGGCACCAGGACGGCAAGAUCCGAAUAUGGAAAAUCUGCUCGAAAGAUCCGUCUUCUUACAAACGGGUCGGGUCUCUUCCGAGGUUGAAGGAUUUCAUCAAGAGCUCCAUUAACCCGUCAAGCUACGUUCAAGUUCGUCGCCAUCGAAACUCCGUCUGGAAUCGACAUUUCGAUGCGGUUUCUUGCCUCAGUCUCGAUGAAGAAGCGGGUCUUCUUUAUUCGGGUUCGUGGGAUAAGACGAUGAAAGUUUGGCGGGUUUCGGAUUCCAAGUGUUUGGAAUCCGUUAUCGCCCACGACGACGCAAUCAAUUCCGUGGCCGUUGGAUUCGAAAACCUUGUGUUUAGGGCGUCGGCCGAUGGCAACGGUCAAAUGUGGAGGCGGGAGUUCAACGGCCGGCUGUGCGACGUGAUGGUGAAAGUUCUAUUGAGACAAACGACGAGCGCGGCUCUCUGCGGACGGCGCUGGGCGGUGCGCGGGGAAGAGGCCGGAGUUGUUACCUGUGGGUCCUUCGAUGGUCUGGUCAACUUUUUGGAGAGGGGCGAGCGAGCGUUUGCCCACGGUGGGGUGCUUCCGCGGGAAAACAAGUUGGCCGUAUUGUGCCUGCGCCGACGGCGGAGAUGUUUGGUGAUCAGUGGGUCCGCUGACAGGAGCAUAAGGGUUUUGGAAGAGGAUGAGGGUGUGGCGCCACGAAUAGGGGUGCUGCUGCUGACUGGGCAUGUGGGGCCCAUUAAGUGCUUGGCGGUGGAGAAGGGAGGGGACUGUGGGCCGGAGGGGCGGAGUUGGGUGGUCUACAGUGGGAGCCUUGAUAAGUCCGUUAAGGUUUGGAGGGUGGCCGAGAGGGGGAAGGAGCCGCACGUGACGAGGACGGAUCAGCACGUGAUUGGCGAGUUUGAGACGAGGUACUGAGGGGUGCGCACGUGUGGGAGAUUAUCGGGGUAUGAUCAAGUGUUGUUAACUAGUUAAGUUGUAAAUUAUGGAUUAUUAAGAUAUGGUCAGCUGUUUGUCGACGUAGGUAAAUCUGGUGAUUUUGUAAAGAAAAUUGUGAACUGAAAAUUUGAGCGCUUGCUCUUCUGAAUCACUGAUGGAUGCUUUAUUUUUC